AGUUUUACGUAGCCACUCAUUGCGCCAUGCUUUUGUAGUUUCAGCUGAAUUCAGCUUCAUUAGUGUUAUUUAUCCCGCGUCUAAGUCGAUCAUCUUAUAUGCAGUUAAGCAGAUGGACGAUCAGCUUAUAAUCCUUCCUCUGAAAACGGGGUUUCUCAUGUUUUUGCGAACUUAAUAACCCUUUCGUCAUUAGAAGCUCUUUAUUACACCUAGGAAAAAUAAGAUCACCGCCAAUAUGGGUAACCUAAAAGAAGCCGGAGAAGAAGAUGUGGCGCCACCGCCUUACACUGCAGUCGACACCGUCGCGCACCCCCCAUCGCACGAUGGCCAAGCGCCGUCCUACGUAGCCGUACCCGGAGGCAGCAGCUCAGGUGCGGGCGCCAUCGCAGGCGUAAACAAUAGAUUCCCGCAGCGUAUUAAUGCAUACUUCGAGAAGAAGUUCACAUCAAGUGCGUUCCACCUAGGAGAGCAUGCCGACACCCCGCUCUACGCGGUAACCAUGCACAGCGGCUGGACGUCGAAGCCGCUAUUAGAAAUGCAUUCGGGGCCGAAUGAAUCGGAUCCAAUCAUCGCGACGGCGGGCCACGAGAGCCGGUGGAGUAGCGGCAAGCGUACUAUAAUCCAGAUAUUCCCCGACCCCGACCCCGCCACCGACUCCGCCGACCCCUCAACAUCGGCGGGCGAAUCGAGCUCCGGGCCCGGCUCCGCGGUGACCGCGAAAACCAUCAACAUGAUACAAAAGCACUCCUGGACCCGUCUAUGGCAGGAACUAUCUAUCGAAGUAGGUAUAGGAAAAGACCUGCGACAAGAAGACUUUGAGUGGCGGCGCACGCGCGGGGAAGAGGUCAAGGAGCUGGACAAGUGGGGGAACGGAUGGAAACUAGUGCGGCUAAGCGGGACGGCGCCUGGGCGGGCUUCAACAAGCGACGGCAAGGAGAUCGUCGCGGUGUGGACGCUCAAUGGCAAAAUGAGCAUGAAUAAGUUCUGCAAGUUCCAGUUCCUAGAGAGCGGCGCCACGGGGGUGCUCGGCGACACGUUCGCGCUCGCCGCACUCAUCAGCGGCUUGAAGAUCUGGUACCUCGAGUUCCUACAGACUACUACUGCUAAUUCUGCUGCCGCGGCUUGAGCGAAUACUGUG